AUGGUUAUUCGCUUCGCACCGGCCUGGGACGAGGGCUGGCAGCACAGCGAGCGUCAAGGUACCUGUAUUCUUGCGCUUCCCAUUGUGGCCUAUGGCGAAGCUCGAUUUGUUGCAGAUGGCAUUGAGCCAACAGGCUUUGAAUUGCAGGCAAAUAAAGAUAUGCACAAAGCAGGAGCAUUAUCUGUCCGCAGCUAUGCGCCAUCCUGGCAUCCGGAAGCGCCGGCGCGGCAAGCCCUGGGUCGCAUGACCCAUAUUGAAGGUGGUGGUGCGGUUGCGCGUACCGCUUUGGCCUCUGACAUGCUGCUGGCUCUGCAACAGGGAUUGCAUCUCGAGUUGGCGGGUACCGCAUGGUUUAACGAUGGCUCUGAAGUGUCGAUUGAGCUUGCCGCUAUAAACAUGCGGUCUGAAUUUGCAUCUUUUCUGGCCUGCGCCCAGACGAACAUCAAAGUGGCGUGGCAUACGCUGUCCCGUACGCGGAUUACCUACGACGUCGCACAGCAUCAACUCAAUGACAAUGGACGGCGUCAACUUCGAGCGCUGGCCCAGUAUGUCCUGCAGGAUCCAGCGGUGGAUAAGGUUUUUGUAGAUGGGCAUACCGAUAAUAACGGCAGCGAUCUGGCUAACCUGAAACUUGCUGAAGCUCGAGCUACCGAAGUGGCUACCUAUCUGCAGAACCAGGGCCUUCGCGCAGAACAGGUUGUGGUCCGCUUUCACGGCGCAGCUUAUCCUGUAGCGGAUAACAAAACCGCCCAGGGACGCGCGCAGAAUCGUCGCACCACGGUGCGUCUGGAGCGACAGUCCUCUGCACAGCUGGAAACCUACAACGCCGAAGUGGUGACCUUUACCGCGGACAUCGGUCAGGGUGAAGAAGUUGAGCCCGCGCGGGCUAAAGCCAAGGCCAUGGGUGUGAAAGAAAUCUUCAUCGAAGAUCUGACCGAAGAUUUUGUCGCCAACUAUGUUUACCCGAUGUUCCGUGCCAAUACGGUUUAUGAAGGUGAAUAUCUGCUGGGCACCAGCAUUGCGCGUCCAUUGAUCACUCGCCGUCUGGUUGAAAUUGCGCGUCAGACAGGUGCUCAGGCGGUUGCCCAUGGCGCAACCGGGAAAGGUAAUGACCAGGUGCGUUUUGAAAUGGGUGCCUAUGCACUUGAUCCGGACAUAAAAGUUAUUGCCCCCUGGCGGGACUGGGAUCUGAAUUCCCGUGAGGCCUUGAUGGAUUUCUGUGAAAAGCAUCAGAUUCCAGUGGACUACCAGCGUGGCGCAAACAAGUCCCCCUAUUCCAUGGACGCCAAUCUGCUGCACAUCUCUUAUGAAGGAGGUGGUCUGGAAGAUCCUGCCGCUCCAGCAGAUGAGGAUAUGUGGCGUUGGACGGUGGCACCGGAAGAUGCGCCGGAUGAACCUGAAUGGCUGGAAAUCGAAUACGAACGGGGUGACCCGAUAGCCCUAAACGGGCAGGCUCUGACCCCCGGUGCCAUGUUACGCACAUUGAAUGAGCUGGGUGGCAAACACGGCGUGGGACGCAGUGAUCUGGUUGAGAACCGCUAUGUGGGCAUGAAGUCCCGCGGUUGUUACGAAACACCCGGCGGCACAAUUCUGCUCAAAUCCCAUCGCGCGAUCGAGUCAAUCACGCUGGACCGGGAAGUUGCACAUCUCAAAGACGAAAUGAUGCCUCGUUACGCCAAUAUGAUUUACAACGGCUACUGGUGGUCGCCUGAGCGCAAGGUUUUGCAAGCUUUGAUUGAUGAGUCACAGAUUCCGGUAAACGGAAACGUUAGCCUCAAGCUCUACAAAGGCUCAGUUUCCGUUGUGGGACGUAGUUCUCAAAGUGACAGCUUGUACGAUGCCGAUGUCGUCACGUUUGAAGAUGACCAGGGGGCGUACAACCAGGCAGAUGCCGGCGGUUUCAUUAAAUUGAAUGCGCUGCGUCUCCGUCUUGGUGCCAAACGCGGCGUAUUUGAUUCCGGCAUGGGCGGAUUAACCGUGCUCGCUGCGUUACGCAAACACCUGCCGGCGGAAAACUUUGUUUAUCUUGGUGAUACCGCCCGCCUGCCUUACGGCACCAAAUCUCCUGCGACAGUAACCAGAUACGCAAGCGCUGCCGCCACAACCCUGGUGGAUCGAGGAGUGAAAGCGCUGGUGAUUGCGUGCAACACGGCAUCCGCGUUUGCAUUGCAGGCCCUACAGAAGCAGUUUGCACCCUUACCCGUUUUUGGCGUGGUUGAACCUGGCGCCCAGGCCGCGGCGUUGGCCGCCCGCCAGGCAGCUGAUGGCAGCGGCGUGCUGGUAUUAGCUACCGAAAGUACAAUUAAUGGAGGGGCUUAUCAGCGGGCGCUGAUGACAAUGCUCGCCGGGCAACCUGUUUACGGCAGAGCCUGCCCAUUGUGGGUCACGCUGGCAGAACAGGGGCCCGUCGAUAGGCAAUUUGUGCAAACCGUGCUGGCGCAUUCAUUGCGCGGCUUUACCAUUUCCGGGCCCAGUACGGUCCUGCUGGGUUGUACCCAUUUUCCGGUUUUCCAACCCUUGUUACAGACGUUGUUCGAUGAGGUCACGGCCUCGGGCGAGCGAGAUGGAGCCGUAAUUAUCGUGGAUUCUGCUGAUACCACCGCCAGAUGGGUGGUGAAUCAAUUGCAUACACAGGAUCUGGUGCUGCCUACCCAUGCCCGCGGCGAAGUUGAAUACCUGGCAACCGAUGGUGUGCCACGCUUCAAAUCUGUGGGCGGUUACUUUCUUGGCUCACCCAUUGAUGCAGUAGAACUGGUCGACCUGUAA